AAGACAAGCGCUGUGUUGCAUUCUGCAGGAUUCAUUUGCUCUCUCAAGAUGGAAGAUGCACUCUGGAGGAGACUGUUUUUCUUUCCCAAAAUCUUAUCUCAUCCCCCGAAGGCAGCACAAAGAUGGGCAUUGCCUGCCUUUUGUCAGGGUGUGAAAUAUCUAGCUAUUUGACUCUGAAGCUCGCUGUAACAGAAUGGCCUGGCUCACAUGUCAAUUUCCAGUUUGCACAGCAGGAGCAAUUCGGGUUUUGGAAUAAUUUUCAGUAAAGGGUUGAGGGCAUGCGGUUUUCUGUUGCCUGUCUUAGUUGUAUGACAAAGUCAAGGCAGUAAUAUCACACCUCUUUUUGCAAGAAGAUUCUGUGAGAAACAUUCCUUCUGAGGCAGAUUGUUUUGUGCUGUAGCCUUACUGGUGCACAGGUACAAGUACGUGUUGUUUAUGCUUAAGUCCUGUGGGCUUUUCAGCACUGAGUCACUAGUUUUAAUGUCAGUAAGAGGUACUAGUAGUAAGAGUGACCACGGCACCACUGUCACGAGCCACUGUUGCACAAGGUGCACGGGGACCUGUGCUGUCCCGCCGGCGGGACCAGACGUCCUGGGUGUGAAUUAACGAGGCGGCUGUAUGCAGGCAUUGCAACAGCGAUGUUAUUACAGGAAUGCGCAUCUCCCGCCUUCACAGGCAGCGCGGCCCCUAGAUUUCUGAUCCCUUCAGUUGUCCCCUCUAGUGAAGAAACCCGAUAAAUAGACCCAAAUCCUCCUCGUUAUCUCCCACCGUGAGUGAACGGUCUUUCUUUUGUAGUGCGCUUGCAUUGCACAUUGCAACACGGCUCGCCAGUAAAUUGAUAACCCACGAUUACAACAAGCAGUUCAGUUACUAAUACCUUCAACGGGGAGCGGGGAUUGCAUCAGAAUGUGACAAAGAUAAAAGACGCUGUGGUAGCGGAAUAGCCUGUUGUCUAAACCUCGGGCAUCGGGAGAGUCUUCUCAAGUGCGUGCCUGGCAUUUUUGGAAGACAAUAUUCUUUCGCGCCGCCUUGAAUAAUUAGUAUGAUCCUUCUAGACUGGGCGAUGCGCGCAUACUGAUUUUGUUUAGCGCUGGUACCAGGCGGGCGUUUUGACCCAGUCGUGUGAGCGUUUCUGCUCAGCAGAAAGACGAUGUCUUCACGCUCGCGUCCCUCGCCGCAGACACCUGCGAAAGCAGCACCGGCGUGAGGAACGCAGCUCGCCGGGAGACACCGCUGCCGAGCUGGAGAGCUGAAAACUUCAAAGGGUCUGUCUCCCUGUCCGCCACCCUGCUGCACAGGUGCACCAGCAGACCUCCGUGGGCACUGCAGGACUGUGAUCUCGGUCCGCCCUCGCCUGCACUAUCAGCGAGCCCAGGAGGGCGGGGCUGGGCGGCUGUGGCCUAUGAAUGGGAGUGAGCCGCGCCCCCUGCGCCCGCCGGGCCCGCUGUGACUAUGUGCUGCCCGGCCCACCCAGCCCACCCGGAUGCACUGGCCUGUGGCUUGGGAGACCGGGGGACGCGCGGGCGCCCGGGGGAGUGGCGGGGGCAUGGCCGCCACCUUCAAGAUCGCCGUGCUGGGGGCGCAGGGCGUGGGCAAGACGGCCAUCGUCCGGCGCUUCCUCUACAACGACUACAGCGAGGCCCCGGCGCCCAGCAGGGGGCGCCGCGUCUACCUGCCCGCGGCCGUUCUCAACGGGCACGUGCAUGACCUGCAGAUCAUGGACUACCCCGCCAUUCCCAGCUUCCCCGUCAACACGCUGCAGGAGUGGACUGACGCCUGCUGCCGAGGGAUCCGCAGUGCCCACGUGUACAUCCUGGUGUACGACAUCUGCUGCUUCGACAGCUUCGAGUACAUCAAGGCCAUCCGGCAGCAGAUCCUGGAGACAAGGGUGGUGGGGACGGCCGAGGCGCCCAUCCUGAUCGUGGGGAACAAGCGGGACCUGCAGCGCGGGCGCGUCAUCCCCCGGCACAACGUCUCCACGCUGGUGCGCAAGAGCUGGAAGUGUGGCUACGUGGAGUGCUCGGCCAAGUACAACUGGCACGUCCUGCUGCUGUUCGGCGAGGCGCUGCGGCGUGUGGGCUGCGCCCGCUGCAAGCACGUGCACGCCGCCAUCCGCUUCCAGGGAGCCCUGCGGCGCCAGCGCUGCUCGCUCAUGUGAGCCCGCCGCGGCCGCCCGCGCCGGGGGCUGUCCUGAGGAGCGGGGCCCCCCGGACCCCCGGCCUGCUGAGGUCUCCACUGCGCCUUUCUCUUCCUGUUCCCUGGGCCGCUCCUCCGCGUGGACGUGCAGGAGGGAAGAUGAGAAGGGCUCAUUAUUGUGGUGGAGUAGUAAUCUGUCAAGCCCAAGAACAGAUCUUGGAUGGAGAGGAGAGGACACACCUGAUUCGAUUUCCCUGAGGACCGCAAAGUAAAAACUGCAAGGACAGCUCUCUUAUUUUCUGAUAACUGUUUGCGUGUCGCUGUCAGCUGUGCGCUGGUGAGGGCUGUCCUCCAGGCACGGCCAGUGUAGCGCAGCCUGCCACCAGAGGGCAGCUCUAGUCCCGUGGGUGUCCUGUAUCUGGUCUUCAUAUGCCCUGUGUUUGUCCCGAUUAAAUUGAUGUAUUUUUCCUUAACCCUGAACUGAACCUGUUUGGUCAGUUGGGGGAAGUGAGUCUUCAGGGUGGCUCAUGUUGUCCCCAGGAGUCUGAAGCACUGGGCCUGGAUGCAACAGUCCUAAUACAAGAGAUGUUAAUUACAUCUUUCCUGUGGUUGCUUAAUUAGGUUGGUGUGGAGCAUGCUGUUCUGUCACGGUGUGAUUAAUUUCGUGAAGCUAUAGCCAGCUGCUUUUCAUCUCAAAAAAGGAAAUCUGCCUUGGAAAAAAAAAAAACAUCCCUAACUCCAUAACCAGCCCCGAGUUCAAAAUUUGUUUGUAAAGAAUGCAAUAUGCACUUUUGAGAGCACGGUACGAUGGAGAGGGACUUCCAAGAAUUACUUUAAUAAAUCCAUUUUAUUCGUG